AUGGCAGGCGAGGCCCCGUUGGCCGGCCUCAGGGUCCUCGAGUUUGCCGGAUUGGCCCCUGGUCCCUUUGCUGGCGUCCUUCUGGCCGACGCGGGAGCCAAUGUGCUGCGCAUUGACCGAGCCGUCCCAGGCAAGACACAUACCGCCGGCAAGCAGGGUCCACUCACCCCGGACAUGCUCGCCCGCUUCAAGUCGUCCAUUGCCGUGAAUCUCAAGUCGCCCUCGGGCAUCGCCCUGAUCAAAGAGCUCGCCAAGACGGCCGACGUCAUCAUCGACCCCUUCCGCCCGGGGGUGCUCGAGAAGCUCGGCCUGGGGCCCGAGGUCCUCGGCGCCAUCAACCCGCGCAUCAUCUACGGCCGCAUGACGGGCUUCCGCCGCGACGGCAGGUACGCAGCCAUGGCCGGCCACGACAUCAACUACCUCGCCGUCUCUGGCGCGCUGUCCCUGCUCGGCCGCGACGGCGAGAAGCCUCACCCGCCGUGGAACAUCCUCGCCGACUUUGCGGGCGGCGGCGCCGUGCUGUUCCAGGGCGUCCUGAUGGCCGUGAUUGCCCGCCAGCGCACGGGCAAGGGCCAGGUCGUGGAGGCCAACAUGGUCGACGGCGCCGCAUACCUCGCCUCGUUCCCGCGCAUGGCCCUCAAGACGCCCCUCGGCGACCACGGCCGCGGCAGGAACCAGCUCGACGGCGGGUGUCCCUUCUACGACACCUACGAGACCAGGGACGGCAGGUACAUGUCCGUCGGCGCCCUGGAGCCGCAGUUCUACAGCGUCCUCGUGGCAGGGCUCGGCCUGGCCUCGCACCCCUGGGCCGACGAGUCCCGGCGAAACGACCGCGCGACCUGGCCGGACAUGCGGGCCGCCUUCGAGGCCGCCUUCAAGGCAAAGACCCGCGCCGAGUGGGAGGCCGUCUUUGACGGCACGGACGCCUGCUGCACCCCGGUCCUCGAGUUCCCGGAGCUCGAGUCCCAGGUCGGCCGCGAGGGCGACCAGCGGCCCGUCGUGACGCUGCGCGACACCCCGAUGCUCGCGGUCGACCGGAAAGCCACGAGCCCGGCGUGGCAGGGUCAGGGCCCUGGUGUGCAAGGCGAUGGGUACGAGGGCUCGCCGCUGGGCGCUGGGCAGGGCGGCGAGGAGGCGCUGGAGAAGUGGUUCGGCCUGAAGCGGGGCAGGGGUUAUGAUGUCGAGAAUGGCGGGCUGGUGGUUUCAAAGAGGAAAGCGAAGCUAUAG